CAAUCUUUUGUAAUUGUGAAACCGGUACACGCGUUUAAGAAACAAAAAUGCGGUGAAGCACGGGCACACAGUCGAGAGUUUGAUCGUUGUUUUAAGCUUUCAGGUACUGUUACAGAAACACUUGCUGAGGUGUCCAUCACCAAGUCCUCCUGUGUGAUCUAUUCGGUCUAACUUUAACUUACAUUAAUCACCGCUGAGGACUUUUACCGAUGUCCAGUUUCCAGUAGCGUCGAAACAGUCGCAGCGGGAAGGAAACACCAAGCAUUUGACCGUUAAUAUAACCUGUUUGGGGUUUUUUGGUAUCCACUAUUGACCUCUCUGGCUCUCUGAGAUGACUACUAAUCCUCCAGGACAAGCCUUCCCAAACAAGACCCGGGUGGCUAUAUUGGCAGAGCUGGAAAAGGAAAGGAGGCGACUGAUGCAGAGUCAGUCCAUGAAUACUCCUGGAGCCAGCAUCUCACUGGCCCGGCCCAGUGUUAAGGACUUCAGGGACAACGCAGAACAGCAGCACAUCGCUGCGCAGCAGAAAGCUGCCUUGCAGCAUGCGCAUGCACAUUCUUCAGGCUUCUUCAUCACUCAGGACUCCUCAUUUGGAAACCUCAUCCUCCCAGUUCUUCCACGCCUGGAGCCCGAGUCAUGACGUUUUACCCCCGAUCUACCCUCCGGUGUGAGAGGCGCAGCUUUGGAACAACCCGGGCGCACACCAGAGCCACGUCUCUCAUCUUGGACAGCUGUUUGUGAUGUCGUAAAUGACCUCAGGGGAGUGUUAAAUGACCUCUUUUAUAUUUUCAUGACUAAGAAAGCUGGCUGCUGAUUUUAGAAAACCUGCACAAAGGAUCAGAAGA